AUGACAACGUCAGCUGAAUGCGUGCUAGCACUCGCCACCCAGAGUGCGUAUACGGCAUCGAACAAUUUUCAAGAAAUGUUUGCACGUUACCGGCGAGGCCUUGGCCUCCCUGCCUCCACAGCUUCCUUUGGCCUCAUAACGGACGUCGGGUCACUAAGCACAAACAGCACCACGCUUAGCUUGAUGGCCCGUAACAAGGUGCUUAAUGUGACAACGCAUCAGUUCCUACAGCUUCUCGAACUGGCCUUGCUGAACAACUUGGUCGGGCCCUCGGGUGGGACCACUCAGGGUUGGACCGGUGCCCAAGAUGACCCCUUUUCCGGUGCCAAUGUCAUCACGUGCUUCGAUCCGCGCGCCAUGGCCGCCAGAGAGCGCGAAGGACUGGCUUCCGGCAGCGGCCAUGCAGGCAGCCUGGCACCUCGAUGGUACAGCGACAUGAGGGUCGGGCAGGUGAUGCGGGCCUUGGAGGACGCCGAAUGGUACUUUAAGGACGUCGAUACGGCAGCCGCAAACUGCAAGCAUUCCAAGGACGACAGCAAUGGCCGGGCCGGGACCGAGGAUGACCGGGCCAAGAUGGAAGACAUGGUGUCGACUACGAUUGCCGGGACGGUGGCACAGAUGCUCUUCAUCGACGUCUUGGGCGUUGACGCGGCGCGCACGGUGGCCGACUACGGCGUCGAUAGCCUCAUCGCGGCUGAGCUGCGAAACUGGCUGAAUAUGGCUUUUGGGGUCGAUAUCAGUAUGCUCGAGCUGCUUGAUACGAAGACUUGUAUGCGAGAUCUAGCCAGAGGCAUCGUCAAUAGGGCGUUAGCUACAGGUCAUCAGGCAUGA